AUGGGUCAGGUACAGAGUGGUGCAGACAAGGAAGUCACUCUCGAGCACAUCCAGGAGCUCUACCGCAAGUUUGCGAGUGAAUGCCCAAGUGGAAACCUGCACCUACACGAGUUCAAGAGAAUCUUUGGAAUAAACAGCAACUCUACAGAAGAAGAAGCUGCAUAUAUGGAAAAUGUGUUUCGAUCCUUUGAUACAAACAAGGAUGGUAAGAUAGACUUCCUGGAGUAUGUGGCAGCACUGCAUCUUGUUCUUCGUGGAAAACUCGAAGACAAACUGAAAUGGUCUUUCAAAGUUUAUGACAGAGACGGAAACGGCUGCCUGGACAGACAGGAAGUCAGACACAUUGUCAAAAUCAUCAACAAGAUAAAGAGACACAAUGACCCGAGCAUCCCGGGGAAUAUUGAAGAUAUUUGUGACAGAAUAUUUGAUCUGGUGGACAAGAAUAAUGACAGUCAGAUUUCUUUGGAGGAGUUCAUCGAGGGCGCUGAGAAGGACCCGUGGGUGAUGGAUCAGCUCAAACUGGACAUCGGGCCGUGUGAUUGGUUCAUCGAGCAGCAGGAGAAGAAAACCUGA